UUGAAGAAGGUGAAAAAAAAACACCGUCCCCUCGUCGUCUUCGAUGGAAUCCCCAAAUCCGGGAGGUCGCCGGCCGGAACCCUCUUCCGCCGCCGCGGCCUUCGCCGUACUUCCGAGCGUGCACCCGGAAUGAUACUCCCCCGCCUCCGCCGUAGAUUUUCGGUGCCCGUGGCCGUGGGGUGGAGGACCGAGCAAUCAGGUUGGGAGCUUUCGAGGCUGGCUGGGGAGCGGUGAGAGGAGAUGAGGCAGAGGACAGGGGAGGGAGGGAGCUAGCCUCUUCAAGGCCAGCUCACAUCGGGGGAGCAAGAUGGAGGCCAUGGCGCCGCCCCGCUGCCGUCGCCGUCCGGCGCCACCGUCCCCGUUCCUCUCUGCUUCUCCAGCAACCGUCCGGAGAGUGGGCACGCCGGAGACUGCGAGUGGUGGUGCACCCACGGGCGGAACGGGGAGCGGGAGGCUCAGAUUCAGAUUCAGAGGUCAGAACUACAAAACUAUCAAAUUACCAUGGCAUUUACUGGGCUUUUGGUUGUUCGGCGGUGCUGGGCUAGUGUGCCUGGGAAUUCUGAUAUAGCUGUCUCGUCGUCUAUGACGAUCGAUCCCCAAAUCCCCCCGGUGAGCGCCGGCAGAAUCCUCAAGCCAAGCCACACCGGAGGAGGAGGGGGCCAUAACGCCGCCCUCGUUCCUCUUUGCUUCUCCAGCAUCCCUCAAGACAAACGCAUUCCAACAUGUACAUCUCCGCUUCGAAAUUCAAAUGGAUACUUGCUAGCAUUAUUUGCCUCCAUUUUCAUUACAAGUAAGGAAGCAAGCACAUGACUGUUAUGCUGCUUCUUCUCCUUUUUGUGCUUCCCUCUGCGUGCCAAUGGCAUAGUGGACGCCAAUUGUAAAAAGACUCGGUGUCUUCGCCUCUGGCAUUAGUGUUGGCAACGGACAGUAAAAAGUAAUUAUCCUGUAGGUAGCCAGCUGGCCUCAUUAGCAUAAAUAUAUUACUGACAUGGUCCCUUUCAUAAUAGUAUUGCGUAUUACUGGGAAGCAUCACAGCAUCACGUGCCUGCACACUAAUCUGUGUGAUGCAACAUGGCUACUAACAUUUGUCUAGAUAGCGCAGCAACGCGCUCACACAUACAGAUAGAUGUAGCCCUGACUGAUGACCGUUCUUGAAGAUGCUGCCAUUGGUGGCCAAGAAAACAAACUUUCCUGAAAAGAUGCUACUCGAAAGCAGUGUUGUUUUAUUAAGUACGAGUGUACUACAACACUACAACCAUCAUUUGUAUACUGUGCUAUUGAGGAAAUCAAACACAUCCACAUGUUGUGCCUCUUCCUGAAAGUUAAUAGUAGCUAGCAUUUGCUUCCAUCUUCCUCGCAACCAAGCAAGCGCAUCUUGCACAGACCAUUUUCUUCUCCACUCGCACUGCACUUGAGCUUCUCUGUGUUCUUGGUGUUCCGAUGGCAGAGGUGGUGGCCACCAUGGUGGUCGGACCACUGCUCAAAAUCGUGAUGGGGAAGGCGUCCAGCUACCUCCUCGACAAGUACAAGGUGUUGAAGGGCAUGGAGGAGCAACAUGAGAUCCUGAUGCGCAAACUGCCUGCCAUCCUGGACAUCAUCACCGACGCCGAGCAGGAAGCAGGGCACAGAGAAGGGGCAGCUGCCUGGCUCCAGGCCAUCAAGAAGGUGGCUUACCAGGCAAAUGAAGUCUUCGACGAGUUCAAGUACGAGGCGCUUCGUCGUAAGGCCAAAAAGGAGGGGCACUACAACGACCUUGGCUUCAGUGUGGUAAAAGUCUUUCCCACCCACAACCGUUUUGUAUUUCGUAACAGGAUGGGAAGAAAGCUCCGCAAGAUUGUGCAGGCCAUCGAGGUCCUUGUGGCUGAAAUGAACGCCUUUGGCUUUACAUAUCAGAAGCAACUGCCUUUAUCCAAGCAGUGGCGACAGACGGGUCAUGUUAUCUUCGAUCCAAAGAAUAUUAGUAGCAGAUCCAGAGCCAAUGAUAAUAAGAAUAUUGUUGACUUGCUAGUUGGUCAAGCUAACAAUGCAGAUCUCGCGGUUGUUCCCAUCGUUGGAAUGGGGGGUCUGGGCAAAACCACAUUAGCGCAAGUUGUCUACAAUGAACCUGAAAUUCAGAAGCAUUUUGAUUUGCUGCUAUGGGUGUGUGUCUCUGACAGGUUUGAUGUGGACUCUCUGGCUAACAACAUAGUCGAAGCAGCUCCUGAAAAGAAGGAUGAUGGUACAGAAGAUGCUGCUUCCAAGAAGAAGACACCAUUGGAUAGACUUCAGGAUCUGGUGAGUGGGCAAAGGUACCUCCUUGUACUGGAUGACGUCUGGACUAGAGAGGUUCAUAAAUGGGAACAACUUAAGGCCCGACUUCAACAUGGUGGCAUGGGUAGUGCGGUCUUGACAACAACUCGUGAUGGUAGAGUUGCUGAAAUGAUGCGUACUGUUGAAGCUUAUAAUCUCACAGCUUUGACAGAUCAAUACAUUAAAGAAAUCAUCGAGACAAGAGCAUUCAGCUGUUUCAAGAAGGAAGAGGAAAGGCCUUCUGUGUUGGUGAAUAUGGUUGAUGAGAUUGUGGAGAGAUGUGCUGGCUCUCCAUUAGCCGCAACAGCACUAGGCUCUGUACUGUGUACCAAGACCACUAAGGAAGAAUGGGAGGCUGUAUUAAGCAGAAGCAUCAUUUGCACCGAGGAGAAUGGAAUCUUACCAAUACUCAAGCUCAGUUACAACGACUUGCCGUCGCAUAUGAAGCAAUGCUUUGCUUUUUGUGCUAUAUUUCCCAAGGAUCACAAGAUUGAUGUGGACAAGCUGAUCCAAUUAUGGAUUGCACAUGGCUUCAUCCAGGAAAAUCAAACUCUUCUUGAAACCAUCGGCAAACAGAUUUUCAACGAGCUGGCCUCAAGGUCAUUCUUCCAGGAUGUCGAACAAGUCAAAGCCACGGUCAAGGAAAUUGAAGACACCGGGUCAUGUUAUUCCAGAACUACAUGUAAAAUCCAUGACCUUAUGCAUGAUGUUGCACUUUCAGUAAUGGAAAAGGAAUGUGCCUUGGCAAGUGACGAACCAGGCAAGAUUGAAUCUGUUAUCGCAUCUGAGGAAUCAAAUCAGAGUGAGUGGCUUCCAAACACUGCUCGUCAUUUAUUUUUGUCAUGCAAGGAACCAGAAAGAAAAUUGAAUAGUUCUCUAGAGAAAAGCUCUCCAGCUAUCCAAACUCUUAUAUGUGAUGGGCCUAUGGAAAGUUCGUUGCAACAUUCAUCAAAAUACAGCUCUUUGCAAGCAUUGCAGGUGCAACUCUGUUUAUGGAGAGGAGCAUUUCAGCUGAAACCAGAGCAUCUACAUCACCUGAGGUACCUAGAUCUCUCAAGAAGUAGAUAUAUCAAAGCACUUCCUGAAUAUGUGAGCAUUCUAUACAACCUUCAAACGCUGAACCUCUCCGGCUGUAGAUCUCUUUGUAGACUUCCAAGACAAAUGAAGUAUAUGACUUCCCUUCGUCACCUUUACACUCAUGGUUGUCCAGAGCUUAAGUGCAUGCCCACAGACCUCAAGAAACUCACAUCCCUUCAAACACUUACAUGCUUUGUAGCAGGUAGUGAGCCUAAUUGUAGUAAUGUUGGAGAGCUUGGAAAUUUAAACCUUGGUGGUCAACUAAAGCUACGUAAUCUGGCAAACGUGACAGAAGUGGAUGCAAAAGCAGCAAACCUUGUGAACAAGGAGCUAAGAGAAUUGAGAUUAACAUGGACCUUCAGAUGGAAUUAUUUUCAAGGUAAUACUAGCUGGCGGGAUGACGAAAACGAUGCAAAAGUGCUCGAGAAUCUCAAACCUCAUGAUGGACUACAUGCCAUACGGAUACAGUCAUAUGGAGCCACCACCUUCCCAACAUGGAUGACUAUGUUGCAAAACAUUGUUGAGAUCCAUCUUUUCAGCUGUACAAAACUAGUAUGGUUGUUCAGCGGUGAGUGUGAUACAUCGUUUGCAUUUCCAAAUCUGAAGGAGCUUAUGCUAAAAGGUCUUGUUUGUUUGGAGAGAUGGUGGGAAAAAGAUAAUGAUGGGAUGCAAGGUGAGGUGAUGAUGUUUCCUCUACUUGAGAAGCUGCAUAUUAGCGACAGUGUAAAGUUGAAAGCAUUGCCAGGAAAACCGACCUUCCCUAAGCUUCAGAAUGUUCGUGUUGAGAAAUGUCCAGAGUUGACAACUGCAGCUAAAUCACCAAAGCUCGGUGUAUUGAAGAUGGAAGGACGUGAGGUAGAGUUGUUCUUGUGGGUAGCGAGACAUCUAACUUCAUUGACCAAUCUGGAACUGACUAGCACUGAACAUAGUACAGAUACAACCUCGAUGGGGGCUGAGAAUAGUUUGAGGGAAGUGGUGAACAUCAAGGAGAAUGGGAAUGCUCAAAACUUUCCUUUAGAAGUCUUGGUGUUAAGAGACUUUAAGUCAGGUGUACGUGUAACAGAGCUAUGCGCAUGCUUUGUACACCUUCAAGAUUUGUCAAUUAUGAGGUGCCAUGAGCUCGUCCACUGGCCAGAAACAUUGUUCGAAGGUUUGGUAUCCUUGAGGAGGCUUCUGGUUGCAAAUUGUGAUAAUCUGACUGGAUAUGCACAAGUUUCUACUGAGCCAUCAGCAUCAUCAGAGACCAGUCAUCUCCUGCCACGUCUAGAGUAUCUGGAUAUAUACGAUUGUGAAAACUUGGUUGAGCUCUUCAACAUCCCUCCAUCUCUCAAGAAAAUGUACAUUGAUAAAUGCAGUAAGCUUGAGUCCACAUCCGGCAGGAAGCAGAAGCAGGGACAGUCAGUAUCAUCGACUCAUCAAGGGUCAUCCAGUAUAGAAGAAUUAACAUUCUACAGCUGUCAUGGCUUAACAGGGGUCCUCUAUUUUCCCCCAUCCCUCAAGACACUAAGCAUUGUUGGCUGUGGUGGGUUGACAUCUCUGGAAUCCUGCUCUCCUGAGUUCAAAUCCUUGGAGUCCCUCAAGCUUUGGGAUUGCAAGACCCUGGAAUCCCUACCGGAUGUCCCGCAAGCAUACUCAUCUCUCCAAAGUCUUUGCAUUUGUGACUGUCCUUGUAUGAAGACGCUCCCUGUCAGCCUGCAGCAACGGCUGAGCAGCAUCCUGGAGAAAUACUUAGAUGCUCAUUAUUAUGAAAAGCCUAUGUUGCUGAAGCCGAAGACAUGGAAAUAUGUCUGCAAAGGUUGAACUACUAUUCCCAGAGACAUUGAACGUGCUGUUUGCAAAGAAUCCUUCCAGAAGAGGCAGACUGAAGGGGAGGCGAGAUCAUUUGGAGUAGAACUAUUGUCUUGCAAGACCCUUCACGAUCAGUAAUUGUUGUAGCUGGGAUCAGGUGCGCACAGGAAGUUGUUGCCAUGCCGAAUCGGGAGAUCAGUAAUCAGAAAGCACUCCUGUAAUAAUUUUGCAUACCAUUUUAUAUAUCCCCAGAAAGUGAUCUUCUUUGGAUAAUUUAGUGCGUGUGUUUUCCACUUUAUCUACAGGCUGCUAUAUCAUUGUGCCAUUGUUUUUUCCAACUGGCACUGGUGGUGUUCUGCCCUGGCACUGUCAGUUCUUUUGUCAAAAUUCUCAGUAUUUGUUUGGGUGCUAUGCCCGAAAGAGAUAACUUUUUGACUCAAUUUUUGGCAUGUCUUGUCCGUCAGUCUCUGUAUGACCGUAUGUAUGACAGUACUAUUGCGUUGACUUAUCAUUGUGUUUGCUGACCAUUGUAUAUAUCUGAAGCUAUUGAUUGCCCCAUAUGAUCUGCACUAGGAAUACUGCAACGCUCUGACCUGGACACCGUCAGUUUUUGUCAAAACUAUCACAGCUAUCCCAAUUUUAUUUAUGGACUUGUCUGCCAGACUCAUAACUCCUAUUUAUAUGCAGUCAAUAUUGCGUUUACCACAUAU